AUGUAUUACGGCUGUGCUGCUGCGGCUUUCGAAAAACCAACAUAUCCGGGGAAUGCUAGUAUGGUACUUCGGAAGUACUCGAUGGGAGUACAGUAUAGUAGAGUGCCUGGCGGGAAGACUGCUGGAAUGACAGAUGGGAGAGCACGGGGCGGUGGUCAUAAAACUAUAAAAUACUUUCCCCACACCGCAACGCAAGAAGGCGAGAAGACUUCUUCCCCAUUUCUCCCUUUUCCCCACCCCACAAACCAGCUAAUAGCGACACCAACAGUGAUGGCCACCUUAUGCGCAAUUCUCACCCUCCUAAUCCUCACCGUCCUCACCCCCUCGACGACCGCCUCCAACAUCCUAAGUAACGAAGUCCUCAAGCUCCCCGACUACCCCUACCUAACCUCCUGCCAGCAAAAAUGCGCAGCCGGCGAGGCCAACAACCAAGCAUCCCCAACCUCCAUCUUCUCCCUAACAAUCUGCGAGACAAAAGCCUGCUUCUGCCCAGCACAGAACGAGCCACAGAUCGGACGGCAAGCGCAAAACUGCCUAGAAGGGGUGAGCGGUGGGGUAUGCGCAACGGCGAAGGAGUACAACGGCCUGAUGGCCUUCGUGGCAAAGUACUGCGGGUUCGAGUACGUCCCCACUACGACCGGGUUAUCAUUUGCGCCUUCGGGGAGCGGCGCGACGAGUACGCAGGGGGCGACGGCCACCGCUAGCUGCUGGGAUACAAACGGAUACCCGGUAGAGACGGAGGGGUGCAGUUCUAGUAUGACCACGGCGACCCGGACGUCGGACCCCUACCCGACAUCCACUUCUAGCGGCAGUCCUCAGGAAACCCGGACACUAUUGGAUGGAAAAAACGCAUUCACAAUUGGGAUAAUCACCGGAUUCUCGAUAUUAGGGAUCGUCGGGUGCGCUCUUUUGUUGCGGGGGCAUAUUCGCCGUAGAAGGGCAAGCUGA